AUGGCUUCCAGAACCAAAACUGGUUUAAUGGAGACUCCUCGUAGCAAACCGUCGCCGCCAACACCGAGAGUGACUAAACCAACAGGGACUAAAUCCGAUGGCAGUUCACCAUCCCCUGUGCACAGCACUCGUCUUUCACUAGACCGUUCGCCACAAUCCGUUAACUCCAAGCCUUCUCCUGAUCGUCGUACUGCGAGAGUUCCUACUCCUCCCGAGGCAAGUAACUUGAAGCUUCUCUUUUGGAAGGGAUCUGAGCUACAGGCUCAGCUGAAUCAGAUCCAGGAGGAUUUGAGGAAAGCUAACGAGCAAAUAGCUGUGCUCAAGAGAGAUAAAGCUAAAGCUCUUGAUGACCUUAAAGGAACCGAGAAGCUGAACAAAGAAGCCAAUGAGAAACUCAGAGAGGCAUUGGCAGCUCAGCAGCGCGCUGAGGAGAGUUCCGAGAUUGAGAAAUUCCGAGCUGUUGAACUGGAGCAGGCGGGAAUCGAAGAGGUUCACAAAAAGGAAAGCUCUUGGAAGAAAGAGGUUGAGUCUGUUAGAAGCCAGCACGCUUUGGACAUCUCAGCUCUUCUCUCUACCACGGAGGAGCUCCACAGGAUUAAGCAAGAACUGGCUAUGACUGCUGACGCUAAGAACAAGGCGCUGAGUCAUGCUGAGGAAGCGACGAAGAUUGCUGAAAUUCAGGCUGAGAAGGCGGAGGUUCUGUCUUCUGAGUUAAGCCAGUUUAAGGCAUUGCUUGGCUCAGAGGAACAGAAGAAAGCUAUUGAAGGCGAUGAGGUUGUCUCUAAACUGAACUCCGAAAUCGAGAUGCUGAGAGGGAAACUUGAGAAAGUUAGCAUCGUCGAGAGUACGGUGAAGGAUCAGGAAGCGUCCAUUGAACAGCUCCACAUUGAUCUCGAAGCUGCGAAAAUGGUUGAAUCCUGUGCUAAUAGCUUAGCAGCUGAGUUGAAGAAGGAGGUUGAUCAACUUGAAAAACAAGUUGAAGAAUCAAAUAAGUUGAAGAUAUCUGCUUCAGAAUCUUUAAAUUCAGCUAUGAAGCAGCUGGAGGGAAAAAGUCAGGCGCUUCAUGAGGCAGAGUUGGAUAUUGCUGCGUUGAAAGAAAAGGUUGAGUUGCUGGUGACGACUAUUGGAAGGCAGGAAAAAGAUCUUGAGGAAUCCCAGCGCCAGGUUUGCAUUUCAAAAGAAGAAACUUGUAAGCUUGAAAAGCUUGUUGAGUCCAUAAAAUCUGAACUUGAAACCGCCGAAGAAGAAAAGCUUAGGGCUUUGCAGAAUGAAAAGACGGCAACAUCACAUAUUGAGAGCCUGUUGAAUGAAAAGACGGAACUUGCGACAGAGUUGGAGAACCGUAAGAAGGAAGAAGAGAAAAGCAAGAAAGCUAUGGAAAGCUUAACUUUGGAUUUGCAGGAAGUAUCUAUGGAAGCAAUGGAAGCUAAGGAGAAGCUCUUGACAUGUCAAGCGAAGCUUGAACAUUGUGAAACCCAGAUUGAAAGUUUGAAGUUGGCUGCGAAAGAGACAAAUGAGAAGUAUGAAAAGAUGCUUGAAGAUGCAAAAAGCGAAAUUGAUAGCCUGAAAAGUAGUUUAGAAAACACUCGGAAUGAGAUUGUCAAUUCGAAGACUGAGUGGGAACAGCGAGAACUUCAUUUGCUGGGUUGUGUGAAGAAUUCGGAAGAUGAAAAGUUGUCUGUGCAGGGAGAACUUAGCAAGGUGGAGAACUUGCUUAAUCUUAAGGAAAUUGAGGCGCAAGAAGCAAAAGAAGAAGAAGCCAAUACUAAAAAGAAUCUUAAGCAACUCGAGGAGGAGAAUAAGGAUCUUCAGGAAAGAGUUGGAGAAGCGAAAGCUGAAGGCAUGAAACUGAAAGAAAGCUUGUCGGAGAAAGAAGACGAGCUAAAGAACGCUGCUGCUGAAAACAGAAAACUCAGAGAAACAGAGGUUUCUUCUCUCGAGAAAAUCAAUGAGUUGUCAAAGGUGAAUGAGAGCUUGGUGGAGAAAGAAACAAAACUGCAGAGCAUUAUUGUAGAAGCGGUUGAGCUCAGAGGGAGGGAAACUGAUUAUCUCAAGAAGAUUGAAGAGUUGUCAGCGGCAAAUGAGAGCUUGGCUGACAAAGAAACCAAACUGUUGAGCAUUGUUGAAGAAGCUGAGGAGCUUAGAAAAAGGGAGAUUGCUUCUCUGGAGAAGAUUAAAGAGUUGUCUGCAGUGAAUGAGAGAUUGGUUGAUAAAGAAACCAAAUUGCAGAUCACUAUUCAAGAACUUGAGGUGCUGGAAGAAAGGGAGGCUGUAUAUAUCAAGAAGAUCGAGGAGCUGUCAUUGUCGAAUGAAAGCUUAGUUGAGAAAGAAGCCAAACUGGAGUCCGUUGUUCAGGACAACGAAGAGUUAAGAGAAAGGGAGUCUUCUUAUCUUAAGAAGAUUGAAGAGUUGUCAAAGGUACAUGAAAUCUUGGCUGAUAGAGAAACCAAACUCCACAGCUCUACUCAAGACAAUGAAGAGCUUAGAGAAAGGGAGGCUGCCUAUCUCAAGAAAAUUGAAGAGUUAGCGAAGCUGCAAGAAAGUCUUCUCGAUAAAGAAAAUGAGCUCGAUGGUAUGGUUCUUGAGAUUGAGGACCUUAAGGCCAAGGACUCUCUAGCCCAAAAGAAGAUUGAAGAGCUAUCAACUCUAAAUGAAAGCCUGCUCGUGAAAGAGAGCGAGUUAAAGGAUGUUGUUUGCGAAAAUGAGGAGCUCAAAUCCAAAGAGGCUUCAUCUCUUAAGACAAUAGAGGAGUUGUCCGAUCUUAAACAAAGUCUGGUUGAUAAAGAGAAUGAGCUGAAGACUGCAAUUGUCGAAAAUGAGAAGCUCAAGGCCGAAGCUGCCUCGUCGGUUCAGAAGAUUGAAGAGUUGACAAACCUUAAACAGAGUUUACUUGAUAAAGAGAAGGAGUUGCAGGGAGUUUUCAAUGAAAACGAGGGGCUUAAGGCCAAGGAAGUAUCAUCUUUGAAGAAGAUAGAUGAGCUGUUACAUCUCGAGCAGAGUUGGAUUGAUAAGGGAAACGAGUUACAAAGAAUUAAUCAAGAAAAUCAGGAGCUUAAGGUGCAGGAAGCUUCAGCGGCAAAGAAGAUAGAGGAGUUGUCAAAGAUGAAAGAGAGUUUACUUGACAAAGAAGCCGAGUUGCAGACAGUAGUUCAUGAUAACGUUGAGCUGAAGGCCAGGGAGGCUUCUGCGCUUAAGAAGAUCGAAGAGCUAUCAAAGUUGCUAGAAAAAGCUUCUUCUGCACAGGAGAAACCAGAUGAAAACGAGAAGCAUAGUGACAUCGAAAAAGAUUACGACGUACUCCCCAAAGCUGUGGGAUCUUCAAAGGAAAAUGGUUCAAGUAACCAAGAGGAGAUGACUAGGACCGAUCCUUCUCCCCACAGAACCGGAGAACAAAAAGUACAAGAAAGUCCAGUGGAAGCCAUUGAUAAACAUUUGAAAGAUGAUGACAUAGCAACCCAUUGGUCAGCUCACAAAAUGGAAGGCGUAGGAAAAGGAGACAAAGAUAAAGACUCCAUGGAAGGGGGAUUCAAGACGUGGGAAGGCUACAGUAUAGAAAAGAGAGAAGCCUCUUCAGAGAGAGAGACAGAGCAUGACUUUGCUGAAGAGGAAGAGGAAUCUAAAGCAGAAGGCAGUGAAAACUUCGAUCAGUUAAGCAAUGGCUUGCCUUCAGCAGAACACACGGAGGAUUCUGGAAGUCUGCUAUCAAAGGACCAACAGCAGAAGAAGAAGAAGCCUUUGCUCAAAAAGUUUGGAAAUUUGCUGAAAAAGAAGAGUACAAGCAGCAGCAGCAGCCAUAAAUAG